UUCGUUCAGUUCGCCCCCUGCUCACGCCACAGCGAGCGCCACAACGAGCCACAACGACUUAUCUUGAUAGUAAAGGAACAAUACUCCCUCUGCGCCCAGGCCGUCGCGGAGCACCUCAGGUCACGUGCCCGAAACGGGAACUAUCAUCGAGUCAGUCCUCCAACCUCCCAGAGAGGACUCGGAAGUGCCCCAGAGCCGGCGGCUGAGGGUGAGUAGAGGUAGAGGGGCCAAGGCCAAAGGGAAUGGAUGGAGCAAGGUCCCUGAUGUGAUGGGAGCAGGAUUCAGAUGAAAGUGUCACAUUUGAAGACGAGGGGCACUGAGGAUGAGGAAUCAACUGAAAAGUAUGAAAAUAUUGGAAAUGCAGAAUCUGUGUGGCCAAAAGUGGAAGGUCUUCACAAGGAUCAUAUGCAGGAAUCUAAGGUUGGUGAAACUUGUGAUUGGGAUAGCAAGGUAGAGAAUCAGAUGGAAAAGCCUGAGGGAAAAAGAAUGAAGGAAGACAAAAGUGGCAUCAGGGAAAAGAUUGGCAAAACCAAGAAUACAGCAAAUAUAAAGACAGAACAGGAAGAUGUGGCAUCUGAGAAAAGCUUACAUCUGAGCUCAAAACAUGUUACACACCAGCCUGUCUGUAUAGAACAGAAAAGCAGUGAACAAGGCAAAUGUGUGGAGAGCAUUAAUGGAAACUCUCAUCCCAGUCUACAGCAGAAAACCAGUGCUAUUAAGAAAUCACAUAAAUGUGAUGACUGUGGGAAAUCCUUCAAAUAUAAUUCCCGACUUGUUCAACAUAAAAUUAUGCACACUGGUGAAAAACGCUAUGAGUGUGAUGACUGUGGAGGGACUUUCCGGAGCAGCUCGAGCCUUCGAGUCCACAAGCGGAUCCAUACUGGGGAGAAGCCGUACAAGUGUGAGGAAUGUGGGAAAGCCUACAUGUCCUACUCCAGCCUUAUAAACCACAAAAGCACCCAUUCUGGGGAAAAGAACUGUAAGUGCGAUGAGUGUGGAAAAUCCUUCAAUUAUAGCUCUGUUUUGGACCAGCAUAAAAGGAUCCACACUGGGGAGAAGCCCUAUGAAUGUGGUGAGUGUGGGAAGGCCUUCAGGAACAGUUCUGGUCUCAGAGUCCACAAAAGGAUCCACACAGGUGAGAAGCCCUAUGAAUGUGACAUCUGUGGGAAAACCUUCAGUAAUAGCUCUGGCCUUAGAGUCCACAAAAGGAUUCACACAGGGGAGAAGCCCUAUGAAUGUGAUGAGUGUGGGAAGGCCUUCAUUACUUGCAGAACACUUCUAAAUCAUAAAAGCAUCCACUUUGGAGAUAAACCUUAUAAAUGUGAUGAGUGUGAGAAAUCGUUUAAUUAUAGCUCUCUCCUCAUUCAGCAUAAAGUCAUCCACACUGGAGAGAAACCUUAUGAAUGUGAUGAAUGUGGGAAGGCCUUCAGGAACAGCUCAGGCCUUAUAGUGCAUAAAAGGAUCCACACAGGAGAGAAACCUUACAAAUGUGAUGUCUGUGGCAAAGCAUUCAGCUAUAGCUCAGGCCUUGCAGUCCAUAAAAGCAUUCACCCUGGGAAGAAAGCCCAUGAAUGUAAGGAGUGUGGAAAAUCAUUCAGUUAUAACUCACUUCUUCUUCAGCAUAAAACGAUUCACACUGGAGAGAGACCUUAUGUAUGUGAUGUGUGUGGAAAAACUUUCAGAAACAAUUCAGGACUCAAAGUCCACAGGCGGCUUCACACUGGGGAAAAACCAUAUAAGUGUGAUGUGUGUGGAAAAGCCUAUAUCUCACGCUCUAGCCUUAAAAACCACAAAGGAAUCCAUCUUGGGGAGAAGCCCUAUAAAUGUAGUUAUUGUGAGAAAUCCUUCAAUUACAGCUCUGCCCUUGAACAGCAUAAAAGGAUUCAUACAAGGGAGAAACCCUUUGGGUGUGAUGAGUGUGGAAAAGCCUUCAGAAAUAAUUCAGGCCUUAAAGUACAUAAACGAAUCCACACUGGGGAGAGACCUUACAAAUGUGAAGAAUGUGGGAAAGCCUACAUCUCACUCUCAAGCCUUAUAAAUCAUAAAAGUGUACACCCUGGGGAAAAGCCCUAUAAGUGUGAUGAGUGUGAAAAAGCCUUCAUCACAUACCGAACCCUUAUAAAUCACAAAAAAAUUCAUCUUGGGGAGAAGCCCUACAAAUGCGAUGUGUGUGAGAAAUCUUUUAAUUACACCUCACUCCUUUCUCAACACAGAAGGGUCCACACUAGAGAGAAACCUUAUGAAUGUGACAGGUGUGAGAAGGUCUUCAGAAACAACUCAAGCCUUAAAGUGCAUAAAAGAAUCCAUACUGGUGAGAAGCCCUAUGAAUGUGACGUGUGUGGAAAAGCGUACAUCUCACACUCAAGCCUUAUUAACCAUAAAAGUACCCACCCUGGCAAGACACCCUACACAUGUGAUGAAUGUGGAAAAGCUUUUUUCUCAAGCAGAACUCUUAUAAGCCAUAAAAGAGUCCAUCUUGGGGAGAAACCCUUCAAAUGUGUUGAGUGUGGGAAAUCUUUUAGUUACAGCUCUCUCCUUUCUCAACACAAGAGGAUCCAUACAGGGGAAAAACCCUAUGUGUGCGAUAGGUGUGGGAAGGCAUUCAGGAACAGCUCAGGCCUCACAGUGCAUAGAAGGAUCCACACAGGUGAGAAACCCUAUAGAUGCGAUGAGUGUGGGAAGGCAUACAUUUCACACUCAAGUCUUAUCAACCAUAAAGGUGUCCACAGUGGGCAGCAGCCGUAUAAUUGUGAGUGUGGGAAAUCCUUCAAUUACAGAUCAGUCCUUGACCAACACAAAAGGAUCCACACUGGAAAGAAGCCAUACCAAUGUAACGAGUGUGGGAAGGCUUUCAAUAUCAGAUCGAAUCUCACCAAGCAUAAAAGAACCCAUAUUGGGGAGGAAUCUUUAAAUGUGACAAAUAUGGGAAGUCAUAGUAGUGCAUCACAGAAGAGAACUCAUGAGGGAGGGAAUGCUCUGGAUGGGACCAGGAUGAGCAUGUCUCUGUAGGAGGCAGAGCUUACCUAGUAUUAGAGAACCCAAAUGGAAGAAAAAUCUUAUGAGUAUAAGAGUGUCUGAGGUCCUAGUUCGUACUGGGGAUAAGACCUAUCAAAGUUAUGGAGUAUGAGAAAACCUUCAAAAUAAGUAGAUAUUUCUGGACAUAAAAAACAGAUGAGAAAAAGACUUCAAUUAGAAGUCUCAUAGUCACCAUCAGAAAGUUCAUAUUUGGGUAAAUUAUGUGAAUAGAAAUGUAGGAAAUUCAGGUAUAGCUUUGAAUUCCAGUUAUCCAUUGGUCAGUGGAAAAGAUCCAAGAAGGACCUCCAGUAGGCAAAUUGAGGGAGAGGCGGGCUUCAGGGAAUAUAAAUUAAUAUCAUAGUGAUCAUGAAGAAUAACUUUGAUUUAACUGAUUUGCGGGGAGUGAUGACAACUUCUGAAACAAAAUUUGGAUUUCAUUGUAGGAAAUGUAAAAAGUGUAGACUUAUAAAUCUAACAGGAGAUAGGAGAGAGUCACUCAUAAAUAAAUUCAAGUUGAUUGGACUGUUGUAAUGUUGUGAUAUACAUUAUUGAAUGGGUGAAAGUUUAAUAUUUUUCAAAUGAACCCUCUCAAUGAAUGAUGAAUGUGUGAUAAGUGAAAACCUCACACGUUAGCUACAAAUGAAGAGUUCUACCACGGACAGAAAUUCAGCACAUUCAAUAACUAAUGGAACACAUCUUCAACAUGAAUUUGUACACAAAAAGAAUUGAUUCAGGGAUUCCUAUGAAUAGGAAUGAUGAGAAGGAGAGCAUUUUAUUGCAAGAGCUAAAAAGCUAAGUAGCUACCAGUAAUGGAGGAAUAGGAAAUUCAUGCUUCUUAACAAUCCUGUUAAAUGUUUGAUUGUGUUAUUGUAAAGAUUUCAUGCACUGCGUGUGUGUAUUGUCUGUUGUAAAAUGUUGUGAAUACUUUAUUCAGGGCUCACUCUCGGCCAUGAAGAGCCAGAUAGUUGUGGCAAGGUAAGGUGAAACUCCAAUAAAGGAAUUCUUCAAAAGUAAACAGGCUGUGACAUACUUUAGGUGGAGUAUCAUACAGAGAGAGCCAUUUGUUUGUCUUAUCUUUGGGGGGUAAGUUAUACCAGAUCCAAACCAAGGAGUGCCCAGGGGACUCAUCCCACAGGGCUAGUAGCUCACAUUUCAUGAGAAAUUAGGUUGUGCCUCCACCAGGAGAAGUGCACAUUGGAUUAAUCCUCAUACUAGGGCUGGAUCAUAACCCCUGGGAGUGGACAGGCUGUGUGAGUGAUGAGUCACAACAUAGAAACAGUUCUCUUGGGAACAGGUAGAAUUUAACAAAAUAUUGUUAACUAUGUAUAAGACUAUCAACUAGGUAACUCAAAGAGUGAAAAGCGAGUCUUCUGAGAAUUAAGUAACCUGUCUGAGAAUACUCCAGGUGGGGCUUAUCAAUAGAGACUGAGUUGUAAGUCAGGUCUCCCCGGCUCCAAAAUCCACUGUUCACAAGAGAAUAGUCUGUGGUCAGAU